CAGCAGUUCUGUGUGAUUGACCUUUGAAGAGGAAUUGCCGGGAAGAGUGUACCUUGAUUAUGUGAGCUACAUAGCGUGAAGCCUUAUGAAAGAGCUCCUCUUAUGUUUUUGCUAUCAAUAUGGACACGUUGCUGCAGUAUGUAAUGUCGUCAGAAGAUGUGGGGAGGACAACCGCAACGUAGAAAAGUGUAAAGUGGAGAAAACGCAAGCGAAGUGCCUUCGCUACAACCCUGAUGUGGGGGUCAGCACAGGGUCCAAAACGAAUUAAGGAAUAGAAAGUGAAUAAAGUGAGAGCAGAAACGGGAUUGUCGUAUGCUGAAGCUGCUUAGGGAACGGAUGAAAAAACAAUGAGAAUGAUGUAAGACAAGAAGCUAAGGAGGAUAAAUCAAUUAAAAAAAAGUAUGCCGAGUUUUUCUUUUGUGAGGACCAGAUACAGUUUUUGGCCUUUUGGCAAUGCUAAUUUGACUACUGCUGGAGUAGGAAGAGAAUCCAAGAGAGUUGGCAUAAUUGUUGAGGCAGCAAGGGCAUUUCUGGGUGUUGUAGGCGUUUCUGGAGGAGGUGUGUAGCAGCUGCUGGGAGAGGCAUGUAGUCCCUCUCAGAAACCUGUGAAAUAAUUAGUUUAAUUGAGAAGAUAGGAUUUUUUUAAAGUACAUAUAGCCGUUUUGAGCCACUUUCCAUUCCAGUUGAUGGCGGUAAUGCACCACAUCGUUGCUUGCCAGCCGCCAAUAAACCCCGAGGAAGAAGAAGCAGACUAACAACCAGAGCCUACAGCCGCCGGGGGAAGAGACAGCGAUGAAUUCCCUGGAGCAGGCCGAAGACUUAAAGGCCUUUGAGAGAAGACUGACAGAGUAUGUCUCCUGUUUGCAACCUGCAACAGGUCGGUGGCGAAUGAUUCUGAUAGUGGUGUCUGUCUGUACAGCCACUGGAGCCUGGAAGUGGUUGAUAGAUCCUGACACACAGAAGGUGUCAUUUUUGUCAUCACUGUGGAAUCAUCCGUUCUUCACAAUCAGCUGUAUAACUCUAAUCGCCCUGUUCUUCGCUGGAAUACACAAACGAGUCGUUGCGCCAUCAAUUAUUGCUGCUCGAUGUCGGACAGUUUUAGCAGAAUACAAUAUGUCCUGUGAUGAUACGGGGAAGCUUAUUCUCAAACCACGACCAAACAUUCAAUAACCAGACAAUUGUGGGUUGAGGGUCAGGGAAUUUGUGUUCUUAAACUUGCUAUGUUUAUUGCCACUGAUCAAUCUCUGAGAUCUUUAGAGGUAAUUAAAAAAAAAAAGAAAAAAAAAGAGAGAGAUGGAAGGACAAGCAGUACAGCAAUGAGGCAGGUUUUGUCUUUGAAAUUGAAAUCUGCCCAGAGGAAUGAAGAAAUGAACAGAAAAUAAGUCUGUUAAUGUCACUCUUGAAGCUGUUCACUAACAUAUAUAUUUUACUCAUUUGUCAUGAGUCCAUAUGUGUUUAUUUCUGUUGUGCAUGUCUUUUAGAUAAAUCUUUAUAUUUUUAAACUGUUAUUUACAAAAUUAAUACUGACGUUCCUUUCAGACUGCUCCCCCUGUAUUGCAUAUAAUCUCAGACCUAAGCUGUUAUUUACCAUAAAGAAUUAAAAUGUGUUU